AUGGAUAAGAUUUUGGAGAAUCCCUACGUGGCAGGCAUCAAGUCGCACGUCGAGCAGCUUGGCCCGAUUCCCCAGCCUGUGCUAGGUGCCUUUGCUGGCGUUGGUGCACUUUGGCUCACAUACAAGCUCUUUGGCUAUCUCCAGCUCGUCCUGAGUGCAUUCGUCUUCUCCGGUCACAAUCUUCGCAAGUAUGGCCGCGCCGGAUCAUGGGCCGUCGUAACUGGUGCCUCAGAUGGUCUUGGUAAGGAGUAUGCCUCCCAACUCGCUGCCAAGGGCUUCAAUCUCGUCCUCGUUUCCCGAACCAAAUCCAAGCUCGAGUCGCUCGCCAAGGAGCUGCAAGAGAAAUACCAUGGCAAGGACCUUGAUAUCAAGAUUCACGCCAUGGACUUCGCCAAGGACGACGAUGCCGAUUAUGAGAAGCUCGCCGAGGUCGUUCGUGGCCUCGACGUUGCUAUCCUGAUAAACAAUGUCGGGCAGAGCCACAGCAUGCCCGUCUCUUUCCUGGAGACACCCAAGGACGAGCUGCAGAACAUUGUUACAAUCAAUUGCCUGGGUACUCUCAAGGUCACUCAGAUUGUUGCCCCUAUUCUCAAGCAGCGCAAGCAUGGGUUGAUAUUGACCAUGGGCUCCUUCGGUGGCUGGACACCUACUCCUUACCUGGCUACCUACUCUGGCAGCAAGGCCUUCCUGCAGCAAUGGAGCAAUGCUCUUUCGUCUGAACUUGCUGAUGACCACGUGGACGUGUAUCUGGUUCUCAGCCACCUAGUUACUACUGCCAUGAGCAAGGUCCGCCGCCCUAGCCUCCUGAUUCCCAAUGCCCGUAAUUUUGUCAAGGCUGCUCUCGGCAAAAUUGGCCUUGGUGGUUAUCAGACUGCCCCCAACACUUACACUCCUUGGUGGAGCCACUCUUUCAUGCUGUGGUUGAUUGAGAACGUUCCCGGCGUCAACAGCCCUGUCACUAUCUGGUACAACAAGAAAAUGCACUUGGAUAUUCGGAGACGGGCCCUCCGCAAGCAGGCGCGCGAGGCUAAGAAGCAGUAG